GCGUGACUGGUCUGCCAAAGAGGCGGGUGAGGGCAGUGCGCCGCGCCCGCGCAACGUCAUUCGUCGCGAUGGCGCUACGCUCGCAACUCCUGCGCAUCGUUUUCAAUGGGACUCAGACCCGUCAGCUCCACGAGCUAAAGAAGAAGGAGCGCGCAGGAGUGGCGAAGCUACGGGAAGUGCUGGACGACCGGCUGCAGGAGAUCAAGAAAGCCAAGACCUGGAAGCACGAAAGGAUCCUCACAUCGCCGCAGCAAACAAAGGUGACGGUCCAAGGAGCUCAAGGUGAAUUCUUGAACUUUUGUGCGAACAACUAUUUAGGAUUAGCAAAUCAUCCAGAAGUGGUAGAGGCAGCCAGGGAGAGCUUGAGCAAAUAUGGCGCUGGACUCAGCUCCGUUAGGUUCAUUUGUGGAACACAAACUUUACAUAAGGAACUGGAGAACCGCUUGGCCCAGUUCCACCAGCGUGAAGAUGCGAUCUUAUACGGAUCGUGCUUUGACGCCAACGCCGGGUUAUUCGAGUCCAUGCUGACACCAGAGGACGCUGUGUUCUCGGAUGCCCUCAACCACGCCUCCAUCAUUGAUGGGAUCCGGCUCUGCAAGGCUCAGAAGCACCGGUACCCGCAUAGAGAUCUCAAUGAACUGGAGCACCUGCUCGCCCACAGCGAGGCUCGCAUCAAGCUGAUAGUGACAGAUGGAGUGUUCUCCAUGGACGGAACCGUGGCCCCCAUAGAGGGGUUACGCAAGCUGGCCGACAAGUACCGAGCGUUGCUUGCUGUGGAUGACAGCCAUGCUACUGGCUUCUUUGGGGAAACUGGCCGUGGCACAGAAGAGUACUGCGGCCUGAUGGGUGCCGCCGACAUCAUCUGUUCGACUCUCGGCAAAGCCGUGAGCGGUGCCGCGGGAGGCUACACCACCGGCCCCAAGGAACUCGUCACACUGCUGAGGAACGUAUCCAGGCCAUACCUGUUCUCGAACGCACCGCCUCCGCCCGUCGUGGCUGCUUCUUUGAAGUCGCUAGACCUGGUGGAGAACAGCAGCGACCUCAGGCAGCGGUUGCGCGAGAACACCCGGAUGUUCCGCGAGGGGCUGCAAGCGGCAGGGCUCACGGUAUCUGGGGAUGAUCACCCCAUCUGCCCCGUCAUGGUCGGAGACGCGCCUAUAGCUGUGGAGCUCGCGUCUGGAAUGCUUGAACGCGGUAUCUACGUGGUAGCGUUUAGUUUCCCCGUGGUGCCGCGUGGCGGCGCUCGCGUGCGCGUGCAACUCAGCGCUGCGCAUACGCCGGCCGACGUACAACGCGCGGUGGCCGCGUUCGCAGAGGUUGGCAAAAGCGUUGGACUCGUCAAGUAGAAAGCUAAGAAGAAUCUAUGAGAAACCCCGACCGAUUAUUAAAAUAUUAGGGCAUUUAGACUAGUGAGGUACAAGGCUCGAGGCUUCCGAGUCCUUUUGCCGAGAGCUCAGAGUCGUUUUACAGGGCUCGCCUCGUUUGUAUGAAGCUCGACGACUCGGAAGUCUUUUAGAGUUCGAGCCUUUUUCGGGGCUCGCCUCGUUUAUGAAGCUUGGAGUCUUUAGCAGAGCUCGAGCCUUUUUGAGAGCUCGAGCCUUUUUGAAAGCCCAGUUAACUUUUGUGUUAAGAUCGUCCUAUUAAAUAAAACUGCAGAAAUUUUGAUAAUACAAUAAAAUGUUACAUAUUUGAAAAACGUUUUUCACAAAGGGCACAAAUCAAAUAAUGACUACAAACAAUUAGAAUUAUAGCCUUGCCAUUCCGCCUCGAGGCUUCAAAAAUAGGACUCGACGCCUCGAGUCUUGUACAUCACUAAUUUAGACAUGUUAGAAACUCUAAUGCUUCAACCACACCAACGGGUGCACAGACCGCCAUCGCCAGCGCGAUCUUAGGCCAAUGACAGGUAUCGUGAACUAUCUAGGCGAUAGUAGGCCUAGGAUGCGCGCCACGACAAGCGUUUAUCACGCCAUUUUAUCGAUUUUACGUGAUAAGCCCAUACGUUUGUCGUCUAAAAUAAUCGAUAAGAUUUUAUCACGGCGCACAUCCUAGCCCGGCUGCACACGAUGUGGUUGAGGCUUAAAUAAAGAUCUAUUCACAACUCGAUUAGCAUAAGUAGGCAUUUAUGACCACAUGAAACCGACGCAGUAGUAAAAAUGUGAGGGUUGCUAGUUGCUACACGCAGGGUGUUAAAAUUGAACAUCUAUGUAGCGAUGUAAAAUCAUUGUCUUAGUAAAUUGUC